AUGCGCCCGCCAACAGAAAUAUCGUGCCACUGCACGUUGACAUCAGGAUACUUGCCCAACGUCAACAUGCCUCAUUUUAUGCUUGAGCAGGUGUGCACCCAAGUUCCCUUAUCUUAUGAUAUCUUGACUCACUUUUCCUGGGACCAACCCAAAGGUAUGCCACAGUCCUUCAGAAUUCAAUUCUCCCCUGUGUUCCAGCUUUCCUCCGAGAGUGCCACAUACUCUCUGUUUGAAGACACAGUUCAGAGAUGGAGGCAAUAUCGCAAUGAGUGCAUUGAGAAUGUGCUGUCUCAGCCGGAUUCCCUAACAGGUGCUUUCUGCCAUCGUUUCUUCGACAUGCACAUCUGCUGGCCAGAUGCUUCACCUGGAACCAGAGUGAAUGUCUCAUGCCCCUGGUUUGUUCCUUGGAUAGACAGAGUGAAUAAAGGCUCUGCAUUCAGAUACUGCACUGAGCAAGGUGCCUGGCUGAUGGACAAUGACACAAAUGAGCCCUGGGUUGAUCAUUCGGAGUGUGAUGAAGAUGAUAUGUUUCUACAGCAGCAGCUGGUCAAGCAGCAGAUUCUGAGCACGUUCCAUCUUGUCUACACCGCAGGUUACGCUCUGUCUCUUGUCUCGCUCGUCGGGGCAAGUCUUACUCUUGUCUCAUUCAGGAAACUCCAUUGCAUGAGAAACUACAUCCAUCUGAACCUGUUUGGCUCCUUUGUCCUCCGAGCUAUUGCCGUGCUGAUCAAAGAUGCGCUUAUGGACAACCUACAUCCAGGAAAUGGCAAUGUAGGUGUGGAGCUGCAGGCUGCUGAUCCACACAUGGCUACAAUAUGGUGCCGAGCUGCACAGGUCUUCCUUCACUACAGUGUGCUCUGCACCUACCAUUGGUUGUUGGUUGAGGGCCUAUUCCUCUACUUCCUGCUCAUUGUGUCUGUCUUCUCUGAGCAGAAGUGCUUCCGGGUCUACCUGCUGAUUGGCUGGGGUGUCCCCUUGAUGUUUGUGUUACCGUGGAUCAUUGUCAAGUUCUUGCAGGAGAAUUCUGGGUGCUGGAGACAGAACACCAAUAUGUCCUUUUGGUGGAUAGUCCGAUCUCCGCUGUUACUCGUCAUCACUAUUAAUUUUGCAAUAUUCGUCAGGAUAAUGAUUCUACUUAUCUCAAAGAUGCGAUCUCAUCAGGUGCACAACACAGAUUUCAGAAAUCGAUUAACAAAAUCAACACUAAUUCUAAUCCCUUUGUUGGGAGUCCAUGAGAUUCUUUUUGCUUUCGUCACGGAUGAGAAUGCUAAAGGAAUAGUGCGAUACAUAAAGCUAUUUGUUGAACUCUUCUUUGGUUCCAUACAGGGCUUGUUGGUGGCAGUCCUGUAUUGUUUUAUCAAUGGCGAGGUCCAGAAUGAACUGAGGAAGAAGCUGCAGCAGUGGAAGAUGAAGAAAAAUCUCAGAAAGUCCCAUCGCCGACGCUGCAGUGACCAGAGGGAGAAGUCGGACAGCACUGGCCAGUACAUUGAGAUGGGGACCAGAGAUGACCUGGAGUCUCCCAAUACAGAUGAAGGUCUCCUCAACACACUCAGCUCCAACCAGGGGUUAAAUUCAGAGAUCAGUGUGCUCCCAAGACAGGCAUCCGAGAUCCUGCUCAAUGCAACUGCUGUUUAG